GUCGAUGACAACAAUAAAUACCACAACAUCACAUGUGGUGGAUUCACUCUCAUUGUUGAUGAAAAGUGGCUCAAAAACAACACAAAGUGCACAGACAACGGUGUUGUGCACUUCAACAAAUCAUCAACUUUUGUUGCAAACACCAACAUCACUGCCGUUGAAAAGAGAAACAUCACCAUCACCAACACAAUGGCUCACAACUCAACACUCAACUCAACCAAAUUCGACAAGUGGAAUGUCACAAUCACAGACUUGAGAAACACAACACUCAUCAACACAAUAUUCACAAAUUCAUCAAUCAACCAAACAACUGUUACACUGGCUAAAAUGACAGGUCUCCGAUUUGUGAAUGGAAGUGUGAGUGAUGUUGAUUUCAAACAGAGUGUAUUCAAGUCAUCACUCUUCUCAAUGUCAAACAUGUCAACACUCUCAUUCAUCGGUAAACACAACAACAUCACAAAUGCAUCACAAACAACAAGUCUGCUUGCAUCUGUUGUCUUCUUCAAAUGCAACAUGUCUGAUAUCACAUUCAACAAAGUGCAAAUGAGAAACGUGACAUUCUUCAACAACACUUUGAAUGACGUUGUCAUCAGAAACGUCAAUGCAACCAACACAACUGUGAUCAACAACACACUCACAAACAUCGAAUUCAAAAACUCACACUUUGAAAACUCGACUUUCAACAGCUCAACAAUCCAUGGCGUGCUUUUUGACAACACAACUUUCAUCAAUUCAACUUUGAUACUCGCUGGAAAUGGUAACACAACAUUCCACAACGUCACACUCAUCAACACAACACUCAACAAUGUCAGUUUCGCAAACAUGACUGCAAACUACAAAAUCACACAAAAAGGUGCUGUUCAAUUUGAGUCUGAAAACAAAUCAACCAAAACAGUUGCCAUAAUCAUUGGGUCGCUUCUUGGGGUUGUUUGCGUUUUUGCAAUUGGAAGUGUCAUUGCAGGAGUCGCCAUAUUCAUCAAGAACAAGAGACAUCACAAUGCUUCAGAGUACACCAAGUUGACUCUCUGA